AUGCUCUUUGGUUUGAUGCUAGCCUCUACCUCUCUCCUACGCAUAUUCAAGGGCCCUGCAGUGGAUGGUUUGAAUAUUGAGAAAGCGAAAGCAUCCUUCACGGCGAUCAAGCUAUCACGGCAGAUGUCAGUGGAUCAGCAUGAUGCUGCGGCAAUAUUAGCCACUAUUACGAGUCAACUCUCGAAUAGCACGAGGGCAUUCCGUAGGUCUGACAAUGGCGAGUAUACCGCUCUUCGAAUCCGCAGCCGACUCGCCGCAAGCGUUGUCGUCGACGUGGUUUGGUGGUGGCGGGAGGAUUUUGAACUUCAGUGUCGUCAAACAGGCUCUUUGCAGGGAACGACAUCUGAUGGAGCUACUUACAGUUGUGAUAAUUUUGGAACUCUUACUAGUGCGCCGAAUGGACACAUGGAAAAACAAAACCCUCUACAUAUCGAUGACCAGUUUAUUGCCGAUUUUGAAUGGGCAUUGGGAGAUGACGGAAUGUUUUCGUCGACAGCGCCAUUUGACCUGGCAUGGCCAUCUUCUGGGGCCGUUUAA